CGGGGUUCCUUGAAUGCGGCAUGAGAAACAUGGCGACCUGCAUCAGUAUGGUUUCAAGAGUUAGAGGCGUCGCUCUGACAGUGUUACAACCGAUAAGCAGACAGUUGUUCUCCAGGCGGAGGGCCUGCGGUGUUGUCCCGCGUCGCCUCCGGCACGGAGUCCGCAGCAGUCUGUACGAGCAUGUCCGUGAAGGCUACAGCGACAAGCCCGAGCUGGACAUGGGAGCGGUGUGUGAGGAGACCGACAAAGUCAUCGCUAAUGUGGAGAACAGGAAGGGCGACCUGCGAGGGGACGAUGUCAGGAAAAUUGUGAGAGUGUGGCAGGAGCUCCAAGCUGUGAGGACAGAAAUCCUUGAGUUGGAAGAGGAGAAGAGAUGCAUCAGUGAGACAGUCAGAACUCUUGUGAACCAAAAAGACAAGAAGGUCCUCGCUAAUCUUCCAGAGUACACCCAGGCCCUGCAGAAGGGCCGCGACAUCCGCAACAGACUGAACCAGCUCUACCUUAGAGACACUGAACUGGAGCAGGAACAUUACAGCCACUCGCUCCGACUGCCCAACAACACACACCCUGAUGUGCCAGUUGGAGAUGAGAGCCAGGCUAGGGUGGUGGAGUUGGUUGGAAAGAAAGCAGAAUUUGACUUUAAGCCUAGAGGCCACGUAGAGCUCGGUGAGGCGUUGGGCCUCAUCAGGCAGAGGCAUUUGUCUCACGUCUCUGGCCAUCGGUCCUACUAUUUGAGAGGAGCGGGAGCAAAACUUCAAAUUGCACUCCAGAACUUUGCUCUCGACACGUUGCAGCGACGGGGCUUCGUUCCCAUGGUUGUGCCGGACAUGCUGAAGGCGGUGGUGUUUGAGGGCUGUGGGAUGCAGCCGAACGCCCACCUCUCUCAGGUCUACUCCCUGGACCCGGCACGUUUCCCAGACCUCAACCUGGCUGGGACAGGCGAGGUCGGGGUGGCAGGUUAUUUCAUGGAUCAUGCAGUAAACUGGAAGGACCUGCCAGUCAGGACGGUGUGCAGCAGCACCUGCUACAGAGCCGAGACGGACACCGGCAGAGAGACGUGGGGACUUUACAGAGUUCAUCACUUCAAUAAGGUUGAGAUGUUUGGAGUGACGGCUAAUGAGACAGGACAGGAGAGCUCACAGCUGCUGGAGGAGUUCGUCUCCUUGCAGAAGGAGAUGCUUUCUGCGCUGGAGCUUCACUACAGAGUGCUGGACAUGCCCACUGAGGAGCUGGGCCUUCCCGCCUACAGGAAGUAUGACAUCGAAGCGUGGAUGCCAGGGAGGAACAGCUACGGAGAAGUCAGCGUCAUUACUUUCCCUAAACAGUCCAGAUACGCCAGACAUCUUUUAAUCAGAUCUGCCGAGCUAAAAACAAGCAGCUGUUGCUUUGAACGACUGAUCAGGUUGAUUUCUGAAGAGCUCUCUCUUGUGUAUCAGGUUUCCAGCGCGUCCAACUGUACAGAUUAUCAGAGUAGACGCCUCAACAUCCUGUAUGAGAGGGAGGACGGCAGUCUGCAGUAUGCCCACACAGUGAACGCUACAGCGUGUGCAAUUCCUCGAAUGAUUAUUUCCAUCCUGGAGACUCAUCAGACCAAAAAUGGAACCGUGUGUGUUCCUCAAGCCCUGCAGCCUUAUCUGGGUCUGGAAGUGAUAGAGCAGCCAAAGCACACUCCUCUGAAAUACAUUGGACCCAACCAGCACAGUCGGCCACCCAGGCCUGGUCCUAAUCCCAGAUGAAAACCCAACCAGACGGCGCUUCUCCACACAAACCGAGAGAAAAACUUGAACACAACCUCUUUCUCGUGAAACAGAGCAGUGCUGCUGAAUAUUAAUAGUGGAAAUGCUGUAUGUCCUUUUUAAUAAAAUGAAAUAAAUCAUA